CCUCGGCACCGAUCUCCGAAGCUCGCGAGGCUUGCUGUCCAGGUGGCCGGCGAUGAGCCCGCGAGGGCCGUGAGUGAUAGUGAGGCGCCACAGGUGGCCGCGCACGCCCGUCCCUCGGACCGACGCCGUCCUUUAUCGGGAUGAGCACGUGGUAGGGAGACGCGAGGGGGGAGGGCCACCUUCAGUGCCAGAAGAAAUUCAGUGACGAGAUUGUUUCGGAGAAUACACAAUGGAUGACUCGGAGUUAGCUUCAGAGAUGCCAGGAAAUACGACGAUGGCAGGAAGUACCUUGCAAGAGGAUGAACUGCGACUGAUUAAAUUGGAGCGCCAGAAGGAGUGCCUGAAGCAAUUGUCCGUCAACGCCAGUCUGCCACCAGAACCUUAUUGUCCAGCAAUUUUCGAUGGCUGGUCGUGUUGGCCAAAUACGCCUGCGGGAACAACGGCGUACACACCCUGUCCAAGUUUCGUCACUGGAUUCGAUCCGACAUUAAUAGCACACAAAGAAUGUGAACCAAAUGGCACGUGGUUCAUGCACCCAGAAACGCAUAAAGUUUGGAGUAAUUAUACGACAUGUGUCAACCGAGUGGACUACAGUUGGCAGCAGCAGUUAAACGUCAUUUACGAAACGGGAUAUACGAUAUCACUGAUAGCGUUACUCAUAUCUCUAGGAAUCCUCACGUACUUUCGAUCACUGAGGUGCGCCCGAAUAACAUUGCACAUGAAUCUAUUCGCUUCGUUUGCCCUCAACAAUGUCCUCUGGCUUAUUUGGUACGGCUCCGUCGUGGCAAACGUCAAACUACUCUUCAAUAAUGGCUUAAUGUGUCGCUUCCUUCACGUAAUACUUCACUACUACCUGCUUACCAACUACGCGUGGAUGCUCUGCGAGGGCAUUUACCUGCACACGUUGCUCGUCAGCGCCUUCACGAGCGAGCAUAAAUUGGUAAAGUGGCUCAUGGGCUUUGGAUGGCCAGUGCCCGCGAUCAUCGUCACGAUCUACGCGGCUUUAAGGGCAACGAGCGAUGAUCCCGCCGACACCCUGCAAUGCUGGAUCAGCGAAGGCAAUUACAUCUUCAUGUUAGUUUACCCCGUUUGCGUGUCAACGCUUCUCAACCUGUUGUUCCUUUGCAACAUCGUUCGGGUGCUGCUUACAAAGCUGAGGGCCGGACCUGCGAUUGGCACCCAGCCGUCACGCUCGAUGUUACAGGCCUUCCGUGCGACGCUGCUGCUCGUACCAUUGCUGGGUCUCCACUACCUCGUCAUUCCGUUUCGACCGGAAAAGGGACACCCCUGGGAGAAAGCUUAUGAUGUUAUGUCGGCCAUAACGGCAUCCUUUCAAGGUCUUUGUGUGGCGAUACUCUUCUGCUUUUGUAACGGUGAGGUAAUAGCGCAAUUCAAGCGAAAGUGGGAAGGGACGGCAUUUGCGAGAAAACGCGCAAACUCUUGCACCGCCACCACAGUAUCGUUUGUCCGCUCGACCGCAGGUCCGAUGGCGGGAGAGGAGAAAGUAUGACUAUCAGUCGGCACCAUCGGCGGAGCCCCGAGACACGAGCAGCAGCAGCAGCUGCAAGCUUGCAAGCACUAAAGCCACGGCUACAUCCCUCGACGCCGAGCUCCAUCAGCCGCUCACCAUCCUCGCAUCGGCGACCAACGGCAAUGGAAGCGCAGCCAAUCACACCUCCGGACUACUUCUUAGACGUCCCGACAACUACGAUGUCCCAACUGGCAACGUCCCCAAUUGGCAAUCCCAGUGUUAGCCGAGCUUCUGCUUCAUUUUCCAUCGCCGUGUUGUCUGCCACAUCUCAACCUCCGUAAUAAAGCUUCGGCUGGCGUCCAAAGGGGCG